GAGUCAUCCAUACGCAGUUAAUACCGGCAAAUGAGAACCACACUCUCUUGAACCUUUCCUUGUCUUUUCCGUCGACGGACACCACCUGUGCAUAUCACCGACGACUUUUGCUUUUUAGUUCCACCCAAACGGCCUCGCUGUUACCUUACGACAUCUCUCCUCGGCAACUUUUUCGUCUCUUUCCGACUCCGCUACAACUAUAUUAUCGCUAUCUUCGAAAUUUCACAGUCACCUAAAAGUCUGAUAGAGCAUCGCUUUUGGGCUGACGGCUGUUGACCCAUUGUUUGCUUUUGAUAUCGAGCUUUACCUUUCCGUUUCCUUCCUUCUUUGUUUGGCGGCUUCCACAUCCACCUGCACUGUCGCAGCCAUCGGGCAGACCUCUCUGAGUUUUCCCUUAGGCCCUUUCCCCUCCAGUUCUACACUCCCAAACACCCCUCAUGGAUUGUAUGCGCGAUCAUCUUCACGAAGGCGUUGUACUCAAUGGACGGUAUGAAACAAUCUCCCCUCUUAACAAUGGCUCCUUUGGCAUGGUCUUCCAGGCCAAGGAUCUUGUAACUGGCGACCAUGUUGCUGUCAAGGUCAUUACCAAGAGUUCGGCCGCCAUCAACUGCCCUUCCGCCUUUGCAGUCGAUGAGCGCUCCGAAGAGCUUGGUGUUCACCUGCGCCUUGGUGAUCACUCCAAUGUUGUCAACCUGCUCCAGUCUUUUGAGACCCAGAACCACAUCUACCUUGUUCUUGAGUUCUGUUCCAAUGGUGACUUGUACGAAGCCAUUCGCAAUGGCAAGGGCCCUCUCGAGACUGAGCAUGUGCGUGACUUCAUGAUGCAGCUUGUCGAUGCUGUCGAGUUCAUCCACUCAAAGGGAAUCUACCACCGCGACAUCAAGCCUGAGAACAUUUUCCUUACCCAGGAUGGCUCCAUGAAGCUUGGCGACUUUGGUCUCGCCACUUCUGAUCCCUGGUCUUACGAGAUUGCUGUCGGCAGCGACCGCUACAUGGCUCCUGAGCAGUACGACCCCUCCAACACUGGUUACUCGACUGCAAAGGCCGACAUCUGGGCCAUUGGCAUCGUCCUCCUCAAUAUCUUGUUCCAGCGCAACCCUUUUGCCGUACCGUCUUCCUCAGACCCCCUCUACGCCGACUUUGCACUUGACCGCCAAAGUCUCUUCGAUGUCUUCCCCAACAUGUCGCAAGAUGCCUUUGAGGUCAUUAGGCAGUGUCUGGCCAUUGACCCUGAGAAGCGCGACCUCGGUGCUGUCAAGGAUGCGUUGGAGCGCGUCAUCAGCUUCACUAUUGAUGACGAGAGCCUCGAUGACUUCUGCACUGAGGAGCGUGAUGUUGUUGCUGUCGGCGCUAACCGCGAGCCUCUGCGAACACCAUCCAUUUCAACGCCACAACUUGACAAUGGUGGUUCGUUUCCCUGGGCCAAGGCUCUUGCCAUGUCUCCACCUCAACAGUUCCGCCAGCUCUCGGCAAUUCCCGACAACGAGAUCUAUGAGGAUGAUAUGUUCUCAGGACCUCCCUACGACGUCAAGCCAGACAGUGCCUCUGCUGCAUCCUUUGUGGAUUCUGGCCUGGGUUUGUCCUUCAAGUCGACCGAUGGCGCAAAACCCGAGCCUCUGAAUUUCACUCGAUCUCGACCUAUGCCCAUCUCUGGCUCGCUUCCUACCAAGCCUUACAACAGUAUGUCUUCUGUCUUUGGCAAGAAGCGUGAUGUCAUCUCCAAGAGCUGGAGCGAUCUUUGGGAAGAAGAGGAUGACGACGCCCAGUUCCUUGCUGAGCUUGAAAACAACUGCCAUUCCUUUGGUGCUGAGAAGCCCAAGCCCGUUGUUUCCGAAGCUGGCUCUGGCGUGUCGACUCCCCGUGGCGGCUUGUCCGAGAUGAAGAACCCCAUCUCCAUCCACAACAGCAGGAGCCCCACGCCCAAGAACCACCGCACUGCUGUAGACCACGUCAGCGCGGCCACCGGAUUCGUCUUUGAGGAGCAUCGUUUGUCUGCGGCUACCCGCAAUACUCCACCAAAGCGCUCAGUUGCCGACAAGUGGGCUGCUCUUGGCGAUCGCCGUCGUAGUCCCGCUGUGCAGGCCCAACAAACUCCAUCCAAGCCUAUCAAGUCGCCCAAACAAGCUCAACCCAUUCCGAACUCCGCCAGGAAGCGGAGUCGCACUGGGGCUGGACGACGACCAAUCCACUGGGGUUCCAGCCAUAACGAGAACAACAACCAUGGCUCCUGGGAACAGAAAGUGGACAACUGGUACAAGAGCAAAGAUUGGCGCUCCCAUGCCGAUCAUGCCCAGGCCCACGAUGACCUGGGCGACCUUGAGUGGGUGUGGUAAGGCACUUUAACCUUCCACUUGUAGUCUUGACAACUUUUCAUUUCCUUAUUUCCUAUACUUUUUUUUUUCACGGAAUACGUUAUUCCUGGGGAAGCAAGAGUUCUACGAUGCUCAACCUCAACCACCUUUUCAAAUUGUAGCCUACUAGAGAUACCACUUUCCUAUCUCUCUCCUCUUUACCUUUUCACUUGUACACUCUCAACUUCACCUGCAACACCUCAACGACUCGAUCGUUUUUCCACUCUUCAACAUUGUCGCUUGGUAUCUCUCUUUUGUUACUUUACUGGUAUGGUUAGGCUAGCUUCUGGGACUCUUGCACUGGAGGCUUUUUUUUUCUUGUUGGACGGACGAAAG